CAUUUUUUCACUUGUCUCUUUCUUUGCUGUAUAACCCUAAAACGAGAAAAAGGAAGAAAGACAUUUGUUUCUGCAGGAGUGGGAAGAGCUAAAGAUCUACAGACAUGGCGGACGAAGCAACCAGAACUGCAUUUCUAGAGAUUCAAGCAAACAUGAUCGAUCUCACUGGGAAGCUGAAGCAGGUGCAGACUCAGAUGCGCAACAAAGAAGGAGAUAGGAAACGUGCUUACUUAACCUUGGAGGAGUUACGGCCAUUGCCUGAUAAUACAAACACCUACAAGUCUAUUGGAAGAACGUUUCUUUUAGAGCCCAAGAGUGUACUAGAGGCUGAACAAGAGCAGAAGUUCAAGGAUAGUGAGGCUACUAUUGCUUCUCUUGAGACAUCGAAGGAGAACUUGGAGAAGAAGAUUGCAGAGGUUGAGAACAACUUGAGGGAGCUUUUGCAGCAAGAACCUGGCAUUGCUCGACAGAUUAUGUCCAUGUCUAUGUAACUUCUCUUUUUGUUGUUGUAUGUUUUCCCCAACCCUUGAACAAAUGGUACACACAAAUCUGAGUUUGGUUCUGUUUUUAUCAGAGCGAUGGAUCUAUUUGAAGUAUUUUGGCCUUCAAGUCUUUUGUUAUCAGAUCCGAACUAUCCAAAACUCUUUCAUAAUUGACUUUGCAAAUAAACUCAGGUGUGCAUAUGCCAGGUUGAAACCAAUAAUACUUUCGUAUACUAAUCUUAUGGUUAGAAAUAUGUAUAUUACUUUCAUGAUUCAAUUAAUA